AUGGAAAAUCACAAGAUAAUUCUAUCUACUGAAUUUGUAAAUGACUACUCAACAAACAACACAAAUUCGUACGAAAAAGGGGAAACAGUUAAGAAACCGGAUCAAGAAAAUGUUGAUAAUUCCGUAAAAGAUGAAGACAAGGAAGUCUGGUGCUCAAAGGUUGAGGAAGAUCUAUCCAACUGUUUGAGGAACUAUUACGAAAACUUUUUAACCGAGAAUCUGGAGUCAGAUGAAAAAGAUAAAUCAUCUGAACUUUUAAAAUGCUGUAGUCAUUUUAAAGACUAUGAACCAUGUGUAAAAAAGAUUUAA